CUGACAUGUGGCGGAGCGCCACUCAGGUCGACACCGGCCAUGGGCACUAAACGCGGGGCCUAGCUCCUACUCUAAUCCAACACCACACCGUCGUUACCACUGACCAGUAUCAUCCUACCAGCACCAUCCUACCAGCACCAUCCCACCACGACCACAACAACUACCACCACCCCCCUGGCCCACAACCACAACCACAACCACAACCACAACCACAACCACAACCACAACCACCCCCACAAUGUCCCGCGCGACCCUCCCCCCGCCUCUAACCGCCUCCGCACGGGAAGCGCGCUUCGCGUUCUACUGCACUUUAUGCAGCAAAGGGUACAGUCGAGUCCACGAAUACGAAGCGCACGAGAACAGUUACGACCACCAGCACAAGAAGCGAUUCCAAGAGAUGAAGGCGUUACAGAAGCCGAUUGCGCGGCCUCGGCGCGCGUCGCUGGAACACGGCGGGAUAAAGCCCAUUUCCCUCGGCGAUGGCGCGGCAGGCGCGAAGAAGAAGGGUGGGUUCAGGAGUGCGUUUGGGGGUGGCGAGGUCAAGAUUGAUGGUGCGCCACCGGCCGCGAAGAUGGAGGAGCGCGAGCGGGAGCAUGAGGGCGUGGUGGAGAGUGAGAGUGAGGAUGAGGGCUGGGAGAGGUAUGAUCCCGAGAGGCCGACGGGGGUCUGAUGUGCGUUGCGUGGGGCGAACGUAGUUUAUUGGGGUUUGGAUCUACCCGGUUUGUUUGGGGAUUGGUGUUUUAUUCUUUGCCAUCACGGUGCACUCGUAUCCUUUAGAUUGGUUCUAUUACUGCUAUUCUGCGCAAAGCAUCAAGGCGGUCAUCAU